UGACUACCCAGCAUCGUCACCAGAGAAACAAGAUGGCGGCACGAUUGCGAUCAAUGUUAGUGCGUGUCUUCAUGAAAGACAUUAUUCCUGGUGCUAAUGCACCGAAAAUAACUGUUCCCAAUGGUAUCGUAUUUCUGCAUCAACCUCCGAUUUCAGAUGGAGUUCCCAUGAUUUCAAACUUUGCUCUGAAACUGGAAACUUACCUUCGAAUGGCGGACAUCCCUUACAAAAAUUCUUUCGUGCCCAAGAAUUCUUCUAAAGGAAAAAUACCAUGGAUCGAAUACAAUGGAAAGAAGAUGGCCGAUUCUAACUUUUGCAUUUCGUUUCUGAAUGAAGAAUUCAAAGUUACUUUAGAUAACAAGCUCAGCAAAUCAGAGAAGGCUGUAUCUCAUGCUCUCAAAAGUAUGGUGGAGGAGAACACUUAUUGGACAAUGGUAUACUAUCGUUGGAUUGAUGCCACAGAUUUGACAUCAAAACUUUUCUUUCCAAGAGCCUCACAAAGGAAACAGGACCUCUUCUUUUCAAUGUUCCAGCGCACCAUGAAAGAGUACCUAAAUGGGCAUGGUAUGGGCCGUCAUAAAAAAGAGGAAGUUUAUGCCAUUGCAAAGAAGGACUUGCAGACCUUGUCUGAUUAUCUGGAUGUCAACCCAUUUGUCAUGGGCCAGGAGCCUACAACUGUGGAUGCAUCAGUGUUUGGUCUUUUGGCAGAAUUUGUCUGGCAGGACAAGGCCUCACCACAAAAUGCAGCAAUUCACAAGGAUUUUAAGAAUCUGUUAGGUUAUUGUGAGAGAAUGAAAGAGAAAUAUUGGCCAGACUGGGAUGACACAAUUGCACAUAGAAAAAAAUUUCAUUCUGAAGCUUGAGUACCAUAGACAAAGAAUAUUUUCCUUAUUAUGCAUGCACAUUGAGGUACACUGUGCUUGUCACAUCUGAUGACCCUGAACAUGGAACAAUUAAGUUCUUCAACCCUUUUAUACCCUAAAUUCAGGAUCAAUAUUCUCCAUACUUUUAUGUGCAUAUUUCUUUUUUAUUCUCUUGAUCCUAAUGAAUGAUUCAGCAGAAUAGCACUGUAAGGAGAUAUCUGAUGCUGGACACUCCUUGGGUUUAAAGAUUUAACCCUUUCACCUGCAGGACCAAAAAAUAGGACAUCUUGUCACAAUAUCAAUAUGUUGUCCAGGAGAAAGUUUAUGAUAAGAAAAAGGUAAACCAGGGGAUACUGUUUGAUUUAAUACCAAAUUCCGAGAGUUGAAUUUGUUGAAAUAUGUAUGACAGGCAACGUGGAGAAUUGAUAUUAUUUUAUCAGAUCUUGGGAGUAAUAAGGUUCAAAACUUAUCUCUUAGUUGAAGGAGAAGUUUUUUUGUUGAAUUGGAGAUAGUUUAAAUCAAGCAUUUGUCACAUUAAAACCAGAAGGGAAGUUUCUUUUCUCAACCUCUCAAAUUGCCUACAUAUAAAAGAACUUAAUCAAGCAAUGUUUAUUGGUUGAAGCGAAAUUUCACUCCAAAAAAAUAAGACAUUGUUUUUGGAUUUUUUGUACUAAUGUUUUCAGUUCUCCUUUUUCAACAGUACUCUUACCAGUUUCCCAUUGGCAAUAGAGAAGAACGCAACAUCCAAAGUGCUAAUUUAUGUUCAGUACCUGUACUCAUGCAGAUUCUUUUGUAAAAUUUGCCUUUUGGUUUUAAUAUCCUAUGAGCUGUUCAUGUCUUAAAGCUUAUAAUUACUGUACUCAUGCAUGAUCACUUCAGAAAGAUACAAUACCAACAAGUUACAAUUUUUAAGAUUUAAAGCACCCUGAACUACUUCAGUCAAAUUUAAGAAGCCAUUGAGAACAUUGAAACUUUAGCUGCUUCUCAAUUUUAUACUUGUAUUUAAGUGACUCUCAAUUUCAUUGUACAAACU